GUAUUUUCUCCAGCCCCGGUCCAGCAAAAACCGUCCAUUUUUGACUCAUUCUACUCCGCCUGGUACGAGACUGUCCAGCGACAACAGUUUGGGUUCUUUGAGGCUGCAAGUUCAAUAUACGGAGGAUCGUGUUUUUCCGGCAGCUAUUUAUGACAAUCUUAAAUCUUUACUUUUACAAAGCUCACCCGCUCAGCCUGUAACGAACAGUUCAGUCUACGUUCUAGGAGAGAUCAUUAUUAACAAGAUAGAAAUAGCGCCUCCAUUAGUUCGUAUCCUGCUCCACUCGGAAAAAGUGGUGCCCAUUAUACGAUCCUUAGCCACUGUGGAAAUAUCCAAAGUAACGGAUCCAACAACCAUCUUCCGAGGCAAUACCUUAGUGUCCAAGAUGAUGGACGAAGCGAUGAGACUUAUUGGACUUCAGUACCUGCAUAAAACCUUAAGACCAACUCUUGAGCUAAUCUUUAGUGAGAAAAAGCCAUGCGAAAUAGAUCCGACGCGAGUGCGGGAUCCUAACACCAUCCAGACCAAUCAGGCGAAUCUGAAAGCCUACAUCCAGAACAUUUUCGACGACAUUACGCAAAGUGCCGUACAUUGUCCGGCUCUAAUGUGCCAGAUUUUCCAUAACUUAAAGGAGUGCGCUAUGCUGUAUUUUCCAAAUAAUAAAGAAGUGAGGUAUUCUGUGAUAUCAGGUUUUAUAUUCUUGAGGUUUUUCGCACCUGCUAUUCUGGGACCCAGACUGUUCGACUUAACUACUCAAGCUAUUGACUGCCAAACAAAUCGGACUCUUACUUUGAUUUCAAAGACGAUUCAGUCGCUAGGAAACUUGGUGAGUUGUCGUUCGACGCAACAAGUAUGCAAAGAAGAAUACAUGGACUGUCUGUACAAGGAGUUUUGUACGGACAUACACAAAACGGCAAUGAAAAAGUUUCUGGAAAUUAUUUCCGCCAACACAUCCAGUCCACAGGCAAUUGAAAACGAUAAGCCUGUAACGCUAAAAGAAGGAGAUGUUACAAGGUUGAUGAUCAAGAGGGCACAAGGCAGGAAGCGGUUUGGACGGAAGAAUUUCAAGCAGAGAUACUUCAAGCUAACGACGCACAAUUUGAGCUAUUCGAAAAGUCGAGGGAAAGAUGCUCUUUGCGAGAUUCCCCUUUCCAACAUUCUCGCAGUGGAACGACUUGCGGAAACGUCUUUCAAAAUGAAAAACAUGUUUCAAAUCGUACAACCAGAACGGGCAUUGUACGUGCAAGCAGCCAAUUGCGUGGAGGAGAAGGAAUGGGUGGAUCUUUUGACUAAAAUUUGCCAGACCAACGCCAACAGGCUGAAGAAGUAUCACCCAUCAGCGUUCAUCAAUGGAGAGUGGAUGUGUUGUAAAUCGCCCAAUGAGCUGGCGCCCGGUUGCAGCGAAGUCUCUCAAGUGGACAGCAACAACUACCACAUGACUCUUGAUCCGGAGAGAGAUCUUCAGCGGAUCCACUCUUUGAUUAUCGGGCAUAUACCGCAUUUGGAGAAGUACAUUCAAGUGCUGGAGGAGCGGGAGCCGAUGAUAUGUGACGUUCUGAAGAAGUUGCACGAGGUGGCUUUCGAAAUCGAAUAUCAGCAUCGGAUCUACAAGAGGGCGUUGGACAGGAAUACCAAAUACGGAAGCUUGGCGACUCCAAUUGGAGAUGAUAAUUAUCUACUAGCAUCUCGAAUGAAUCUGGAUCCAACUGUUGUUCUGCGUGGCAUGACCACGACCGAAUCGACGUUAUCAUGAGUAAGUUUAGCGAUCGCCAAUUUUAUUUUAGCGAUAAUAUUCAUAUAACAGACGGAACAGAGUAUAAUAUUUGUAUAGAAAUUUCGACUCUAGAGAUUCUCAAAUUUAAGACUGCUAUAAUAAUACAUAUUUCGUAAGCAAGAACGCCAGUGUUAAUAUUCUAAAUAUAUGACGAUAUAUUUCCUGUUCGGUGAAUCAGGAAUGUAUUUCUCCACUUGCCAUUUUGCAGAUGUAUAUUACGUAUGAACCGCUUAACAUUAAGUGUACAAUCCCUAGAGAGGUUUAUUAUGCAAACUACUUACAUGUGCUGCACAAUGUUUGGUUUAACAGGGCAAUUUUUCAUGACUCCAAAUGACUUUUACGUUUUGUAUAUAGAAUACAUUAAUUAGGUACGAAUAGAGUUUAAUAUAUUUUAAAUACAUAUAGUGAACAUAUUUUUUUAUUAGUGGGUGGAAAUUUUGCAUAUAAUUGACAAUCAAAAUUUGUUGGGCUGUACAAAGUGUUUGCUGAUCGACGCAAAUGCACAAUUGGAAGCAAAACUCUUCUGUAUAAAGACAAGAUUUAACCGAUUAGAAUUCUGCUUCCGAAAAUGAACCACCAAAUUAGGUACAAAAAGGUGCGCUGCCCUAUAUCUAACUUAAUUAUUAAAUAUUGAUGUUUAGUGAAGAUUUUAUUGUGUGUAUUGUCAUUAAAAAGCGCUUUAUUGUAUUAUAAACAAUAUUUUUUCAAUCACAUGUUUUAAUGUGGACUUUUACUUUAUGGAACGAUACUCGGAUAUCAUUUCACUGGUCAUAGAGGCUCGAAUGUCGUAACUACACUAAUUAACCCAACACUCGUUUUAAGCUUAAUUUAUCUCAUUGUGUUUAGCAUUUUUGGACACUUGGACACAACUUGCGUAAUUGUUUCGGUUUCUUAUGGAUAGAAGUACAAACCCGUGUCUUAGAUACUGUACAGCCUUUAUAGGAUAACAUGUAUAAUUAAAAGUCCAAGUUAAGCAAUAACAAAAUAGAGUGACUACAUUUAGGUGUAUAUUUACUACUUUAGGACUUACAGUCGUAUAUUUUUGUCUUCCCUGUAUACUUAAGGCCUCGUUAUCAUCAUGUAGAAAUUUACCUAUUAGGACUUGACAUUGUGUUGACUGUAUUAAAGGCAAAUUGAGGAUAUAAAACUUUACAGCACAUGAAAAAAUGUACAUUUCUGUAUAAUUUUUUUUUAAUUAUCAGACGGAGCAUUUAUGUUAUAACGCAAGGUGCGCUUUAAAGUUGAAACUGCUGGAUAAUUCGCUAGAAAAUUAUUAUUUUCUACAAAUAGGUAAAAACAGCGGAUUUGGUUUGUCUCGGUUUUCAAGAGGCAAAUUACUACAUCAAUUUAGAACCAAUAUAGUUGAAAAUCUCCCAAAAUAUCUCCUCAUCUAUGUAUAAAUUGAUUGGAAUUAAAACUCGCCUUGUUAUUUUAUUCUUAUGUCCAGAGAAAGAUUUAGGUAUUGUUCAUCAAACGAAUCUUAAAUCUAGUUUUAUUGGUAAAAUUUACCCACUUUGUUGUAUAUUGGUACUGAUGUUUUGCAUUUUAAAUCAUUGUUCUUUUUAACGUAUUAUUAACGAAUGUAAAUUAUUGCAAAUGUAUGUUGUUUUUUUUAUAGGUUUGUCUGUGGAUAUUUUUGUUGUACAAAACUAUAAUAAACCUUCAAACAAU